AAUAGAAAAGAUGCUAUCCUUGGAUUAGUGCAAGGUAACCUUAGUUACCAAAAACUAAUGUUUACAGUAUAUCCAAAAUAUACUGUAAACAUUAAUGAUAGAAAUAUUAAUAAAACUCUAAGUUUAGCACAUGAAUUUGCUAGAGAAAACUUUAUGAAAGAUGGAUCAAUGCCAUACAGUAUUUACUAUAUGAUAAGUAGAAAUUUCCAGAUCUGCUCUCCCUUCCUCUUCCCUUCGGUCUGUGAGUUUCUACUAGUUGGGGGUGCGAUUUUUUGGGCAUUUUCGGUCCGUGAGUUCCCUGCAGCUUGCCACCAGCUUCUUCUUCUCCUUGCCAAGUCCGGUUCUUGCUGGAAAAUUCUGGUAUGAUGGCCACUUCUUUAAGCCCUAAAUUAGCCAUUUAAUUGCUGCCUUGUGUGUGUCCGAAUUGUGCCAGAAAUGGGGAGGAAUUCUGGUAGCAUUUAGUAGCAUUUUAAAUGUGUUUUAAGUUUGAUUAAGUAGAAUUGAGCUUGAAUUAGCUGCUGUGAUGUUUUGUUUGAAAAUCCCGUGCGUGUGAAUUGUGAUUUGCCAAAGUUAUGCUCUCCCUGUGCUGCCGUGAGAAAUGGGAAAAAUUUUGGUAGAUUAAGUUAUGUUUUUAAGCUUGGUUUAAGUGUGAAUUAGCUUGAAAUGGGUUGUGGUGAUUUUGGAGAGAGAAUCUGUCACGCCCCAAACCGAAUUCGAGGCGCGACAGACGCCAUGCACUCGUGAGAUGGGUCCCAUAAGUGCACAAGGCUCGAAACUUAUUCAAAUCACAAUCUGAUACCAUAAAAUCUCAAGAUAAAAUUUUACAAUAUGCUCUGAUAUCAUAAAAUCUCCACAUACACUCUAGCUUGCCAGAGCAUGAUUUAUUUCUAAAUCUAUAUCAAUCUCGAAAUGGCUAGCCUUCUAACUCGUCACUCCCCUUGGUUUCCCCAUCCUCAGUAUCGCUUCCUAAAAUGGUGGACAAGGAAAACUAUGAGAUAAAAUAUCUCAGUAAGU